CCCAAGAGUGGCAUCAACAGCCCUGCAAACACUUCCGCUCUCCUCACCUCCCCCUGCCUCUGUGUGGCACGAAUCACCCCUCCUAUCGGUGAGUGGGCUGCAAGUCAAAUUAGCUCUCCGUCAUCCUGCUCGCUGAACGCACCCGAGGCUACUGCGGUAAGAUGCGGCGACGCACGAUGCCGAGCCGCGGUGGAUGAGAUGAUGCGCAAUGCCGAACAGUCUGGAGGGAGACCGAAAAAGAAAUUCACUGUGGUGAUCGGCUGGUGAUGGGACAGAACUGAAUGCAGGUUUGAUUUGUAGCGCUGUGGCUCCAGUGGUACAGGCCGACUGGAAGGCUGUGGUGACGCUGAUCCCACUAAAGGAUGCUCCGGAGCCCGAGUAGGGUUGAAUAGGCUUCGCCUGUAAACAACAAGGAAGCAGAGAGACAUUAAGUGAAGGACACUUAAUUCAAAGGCUGGACACUGAGGCAUCGAAUGAGGUUGUUUUGUGACAGCUGAGUCAGUCCUUAGUGACGAGAGACCAGCCGACAGGGAGGACUGUGAAGCUCUGAAGACGCCAUCACUGAGCAUCAGUCUGGAAGAAAACAAACUUCUUAUUAUCCUCUCUAUCAUCAGCUCUGACAGCUGGACUUCUGACCUGGGCGUUUCUUUUCUUCUUCAGGAGACUCUCAAAGUUAAGGAGCGAUAAAGGGAAACAGAAGCACAACUCCAGCUUGCUGUCAGGAAAACCGAUUCUGUUUUUUGUCCAAAAACUCAGAGUGAACUGUGAAGACAUGAGAUUAGUAAGAGAGUCAGCUCUCUCUUGCAGGGUAGUAAAUAAGUAAAUAAUUUCUCCUCUGUCAGGAUGGAUCAGUAAGAAAUUCUUGAGAUUAUUUCAGCUAUUUCAUAAUGCUUUGUGUAUUUUUUCCAAACUGUGAUCUUUUUACCUUUGAGCUGUCAUGUUCUGAAUCAAGAAUAGAUUCUUGAUAGUGCCAGUGUUCCCUCUCACCUGACUGUAUUUUAAUAAAGGAUAAGCGAGGACAAACCAAUAAAACAUAGAUGAGGCCAACAACAAGCACCAUGCUCCAGCAGAAUAACAACAACAACUACCCCUGCCUGAACGUGUCAGGUUCCACCCGGGAGAUGCUUCAGAAGUGCUCCAGAGCCUCUCUGCCUUUCCCCAGCCGACUGGAGCUGGGCCUGGGUGACCUGCCACUGAUCAGGGGCCUCCGCGCCUGGGCCCUGUGCUCCAAGAACCGCCGGAAGGCUGGUGGUCUGCUUGGAGGAGGGCAAGGCUCCACAGCUCUUCCUUCAGGCCGUGGGGGUUCGACUUCCUGCCCCAGGCCUGCAGAUGUGUACCUGAGCGGGGAGUGGGGUCGCAUGGGGUACGGGCUUCCCUUGGGGCUGGAUGCUGGGCAAGCUGGGAUCAGAGCUUUGGUCACGGUUGCCACUCUGAAGACCUCAGAGGGCAGCGGAAAGACACAGACUCAAUGCCUUUUCCUCCAGACUGAGAAAGGGAGCUGUUUGUACUCGACAGCUAAGCCCGGUUCUGGUGUGACUACCAGUGCAGCCUCCAGUGUGGUUGGGGGAUGGCUGAGAGGAAAGACAGGAGGAGGAGGAAGCAGAGACACCCCAGCCGGGAGGAGGGACCAUGGGCCAACUCCACCGGCACAGACCGGAGCGAACCGGGUUAGAGUGCGAUCAGGCCGGAGGUGGAGGAAAUCCUGUAAUGCAGCGGGCCGGGAGAAAACAGGCGUGAGCAGAGAGAGGCAGCAGAGUAGCAGGGAGGAUCCUGCUGGAGAAAUCGCUCUGGAAGAAAGGCAGGAAGAGCAAGACAAAGGAGGCCUGGACAGUAAACAGUUUCCCAGCCCACAGCAGGAUACCAGGAGAGCCAGACAGGAGAAAGAGGGAGCAUUACGAAGUCCCAGAUGCUGCCACAAUGUUUCCCCCAAAACCUGUACUCAGUGUGGAAGGAGAGCACAGAGGAGAGACAGCCAGGAUGAACACGAGGGAGGUGAAAGUCCAAGAAGAGGCAUCCCAAACAGGCUGAACAGUGAGGUGAAGGGAAUGAGGAAGGAGAGGCAAAAGAAUGAGGAGGAGGAGAAGGGAGGCCUCUGCGGGUUAGAGUCGUCUAACUCUGUUUUGGCUGUACCAAACUCUGACCUAGAACCCAACCACUUUCACCCAGAAUCCCACAGCAGCUGUGAUGUUGAAGAGACUAGAGAAGCCGAGAGCAACGAAGAGCUGAAGACACAAACCUCUCACAACAAGGACGACUGUUCAGAGAAAGAGGAGGACACAAACUCUGAGGUUAUGAAAAUACAUACUGGAAACAAUGAUUUCGGUCAUGUCCAUUCUGGGCAGGUGGCUGAUGACUUUACAUCAAGACAUUACAGAGAUUUUGAUGACAGAAAACCAAGUGAAACCCCCUGUGAAGAAAUAGCAGCUAAUGUAAAUGGAUUUUCUGAUCAUGUGGAGGUACAUCAAGAAUCAGAGAAAGAGAUGGAGAGUGUGGAUUUUAAAAAGGAGGAAGGGAGCAUUAAUCAGACUCCUGCUGAAUUCUCGGUUGUAUUCAACUGCUAUGAGGAUGUCUUUGUCUCUACUUGCCCUGCCUCCAUCAGCACUGCAGUCUCCCCUGAGCCCUCCUCUCCUGUAGAGGGCAGCACCUGCACUGCUGACCAUGAGACUUGUGGUGUUCGGAGAGAGCAAGAGAACAGCAAAGAAGAUCACCUUGAGGGGUAUCAACAAGGGGUAGUAGACCCUAGGAUCAUGGGCAAAGAAGAACUGGAUGUUAGCAGAUGUGAGCAACAAGAACUGAACUGUGUGGCUGAGGAGAAAAACACUGUGAACGAGAAGUUAAACAAAAACAGAAAACCUCAGUUUUUCUUUAAAAAUGUGGAAAACAGCAGCCAGCCAGAGGAGAGAGAAGCUUCAUCUUCACCUCUCAGACACGAAGAUCCUUCCAUCUUUGAGAAAGACAGGAGGAUCGUAACAGAAAACAGUUGCAACUCUAGUAAAAUUGAGCUUAACGGAGGAGAGCGGAGAGAUGAGCUAGUGCGGGAAAAUAGAGAAGAGAAGUCACAGGAAGAGAAUAUAGAGGAGAGAAAAAAUCCUGAGGAAGGGGGUGAAGCUGGGGUGAAGAUUUGGAGGAGGGAGUGCACCUGCAAUGAGCUGGACGAUGGCGAUGGUAAAGAUGAGGACGACAAAGAACGACACACUGAGGAUAACAUAAAUGACAGUACCAUACAGGAGGAUGAUAAUAAAGAAGUAACGAGAAACUGUGCACUAAAAGACAACAGGAGGUUACAGGAGUCUGCAGACGGAUGCAGGGGAAGGAAGAAAGAGGUUGGAGACACCUGUGCACAAACAAGCAUCAUCCAUGUUGAAGCAAAUUCAGAGACCAGCACUAACGUCACUAAUGUUGCCUGCGCUGAUCCCUCCACCUCUCUCAUGCUCUCCUUGGCUAAUCUUGCCCCCUCCUUGCCCCCCCUGGGAUCCAUGGCAACCGGCCUGCCCUGUCUGGAGGUGGAGAAGGAGGAGGAGGUGGAGGAGAAGGAAGGAGUCGGAGUGACAGCAGGAGACGGAGAAGGAGGCCAGGAAGGGAAGAGGAGGCACGGGAGAGAGCUGGAGGACAAGGGCGAGAAGGAGAGGGGCUCCACCGUGGCCACUGAGGAGGGGAGGAAAGAAGAGGAGGAGGAAGAUGAGUUUGGAGUAUUCAUGCAGGCGGAGGGAGAGCCGGCCUGGAGCGAGGGAUCCACCAUGUCUGCCUCAGUGCCUUGUGGGAGCAGAGAGAGUGUUGCACUUGGAAACCACGCCAUCACCCGGGAGUCGACCCACUGGACACCAGGCUGGACGGACAGCUCGCUCCACCAAUCAGACGACACCUGGACAGCUUUUCCUCAGGAUUCGUCAGAUGAACGUCGAGACAGCGUGGGACAGUGGUGGCCGACCAGCGCUGCGCAGGAGAGCAGAGACAGACUCUUGACCAAUCAGAAUCUGGCGGCUGUCUUUGCUGAAGCCUUCCCCUCGCUGCCUGGUUCAUCCUCAAGUGUCCCCUGUGACCUCGAUACUGUUCCCACACUGACCCAGCUCCUCAGGGGCAGAGCCAGCCAGGACCAGGGGCUGUUGGACAGCUUCCAUGAUUUGAACAAAAUGAUUUGCCAGAGAUACAAGAGAGCUAAUGGCGUGUCUCGUAACCUGCUGCUAAAGACUUUACACCUGGAGCUGCCACACACUGAAAGCAGACCUGCUCCCCGGACAGCCAAUCGCCGUCUCUCCCCUGGCCUCCCCACGGCCAAUCAGCACGCUCAGAACGCUGCCGCUAAGCGACGGCUGUCAUAUGACCACAACAGAAACAUCAUGGAGUAAUUUUUAAGGGUUCAGCUCUGGUUGGACUGUGAUUCAUCAAUGUUUACUUGAAGAAGUGCAGGUUUUAACCCGAGCAGGGCAGAACAGACCAACAACAGGUUUCUCAAAACUCACAACAUGUGUACUAUCUGCUAGUCAAAUGCUGACUGACCUUUUGACUCUUUGCACAGUCCCUGGUUAUUUAAGCCUGAGCCAGUGAGAAGACGUAACCUGGAUGAAAAAGGAGCGACUCACUUCAGUUGUGUUUCAGAAGUUGUCUCCUCCAGCUCCUGCUGAUGUAUACUGGUGGAGUGUUUCCAUUACACAUGUUGUUCACCACCACCACCCUCCCAUUUUAAUUUUCCUUUUCGACCCUGAUAACAGCAGGUUGUCAAAGAUUGUUUGGAGGGUGAUGAUCACCACGUCAACACUGUUAUUUUAUUAUCUGAGAAGAUUUAAAGUGUACCUAAAUAGAAAUAUUUCUGUGCCAGAGCUGCUGUUUUGGCAGAAAUUAUCUCAUUGUUUGAAUUAAAUCUCAAUGGGUCGCGCCAAACAAAAACAUUUACUUGCAAGGAAUGAACUCAGAAAUAUAUAUUUUUUUUUAAAUAUCACAAUUUCUGCUUUAAUUCAUGACCAUUGCAUUCAUGAUUUUGGAAUGUCAGCAUGCUUGCCAACUGGCUUAUCUGUAUUGAUAUAGGCAAGUAUGGCCAUUUUGAACAUGCAAAGUCAGCUAGGCUCCUGUAACUAGCAAACCUUGGUCAUUUUUGAGGAUACAUUUUUCCCCCACUUCUCCUUCAAUUAUCUUUUGCCUUUUGCAAAAUAUGAGAUGAGUUUCUUAUCCAGAAUAUUGUCUCUUUGGCUCCACCAAAGAGUUGUCUAACUCAACCAAUGAGAUUUUUUCUUCUUCUAAAGCAGCUCUGCCAGAAAGAUUUGUAGAACUGAUGUUGUGUUCAUGUCAUGUGGAAAUGGAAGAGAGCAAUAAGAGCAAAGGCUUUCUGUUUACAAUCAUUCAAAUUAUCAGACAGUUCAAGAUGGCAAUUGCCAAUGUUAGUAAUAAUGAAAUUUGCACACUGAAAUAACUAUUAUUUAGCACUGAGCUGCAGUUUAUGAUACCAUUUGGGUGUAAAAAAGAAAUAAUUAUUUAUAUUUUAUAAUAUUAUUAACAUUAUAAAGAGUACGGUCUAGACCUGCUCUGUAGGAAGAGUGCAAUGAGAUAACUUCUGUUACGAAUUGGCGCUAUAUAAAUAAAAUUGAAUUGAAUUGAAUCAUUUGCCACAUUAGCAUUGAAUUAGUCACUGUGAAGGAGGCAUUCAUGUUUGCUUUUCAAGCAAUUCUGUAUUAUUCAGUGCCAAAUCUGAUGAACUGGAGCUUUCAGAAAAACUACAUUUUAAGUUAGAAAAAAAACAGUUAAUGACUACAUUUUAAGUUACAUAUUAUUUAAUGAGAUAAAAAUAGUUAAUGACAUAAUGCUCUGCUUUGCUAUCACUCCAUUAACAUGGUGGCUUGACCUUGCAAUCACUGGAAAUCUAUAUUUAAACAUGCUGUAACUUCUCCCCCCUUCAGUUUUCCUCCCUACAACAGAAACCUGCAGUGUAAAAGGCUGUAUGGACGCCAACAUAUCCUCUACAGAUCUCAGUGUCAGCUGGAUUUCAAAGCUGAUUUCCCUCCCUUUCUUAUUUCUGAAGUAACAGAAAACCAUGUGGCCACACUGAAGAGCAAAGUAUUAAGCAUUAUUUUUACUUAGAAUGCUGAAGAUGGGUCCAGAUGUGAUGAGUGUUAAAGUUUUCGUUUACAUUUUGCAAAGUGAUGCAUGUGCUUUCAUUGUGUAUUUGCUACAGAAAAGCCAAUGACAGGAAUGAGUCUUAAAAUGAUUUUGGUUCCUCAGAUCAACAAGUUUGUCUUCCAGUUAGUGCCAACAGGAACACCAAUGAAAGUGCCAAUGUUCACAAGGUUACAGAAGCUAAGCAGACACAUUCAGGAGGAAAUGUCGCCUCUAGACACACUGAAGUGGACUCAAACAAAAACUUUGGCAUGUGCUGUUUCUCUCUUCUUUCUUUGUCUUUCUGUCUGGCUUCCUGUCUGCCUCUCUCUCUUUCAGUACUCUCACAGUUGAGUCCACUUCACAGGCAAAACUUGAAUCUAGCUGCCAAUCAAAACAAUAGUUUUCUGAGAAUAUUGUUCACAUUAUGACCAUGUCAAUGAUGCACUGUACAUUUUUAAUUUAGACAUACUAUUAAGUAUUAUCACCUCAAAAGGUUUAUUUCGCUCUACGUUGUUUCACUUGUCAAUCAUUUGUGAUGAUAUUCAGAAACACUCAUGUGUUUGUGUGUCUGCCAUUUGUGCAAACUACAAAUUCCUGAAAAAGAAAAAGAUUAAUAUUUUCUGAUCUGUUGAAAUGGGGAAGGAGUUGUCACCUUGUUAACUGAUGUAAUAAAGUGAUACUGUGUGA